GUUCAGACUUGGUGGAGGUUCGAAAUUUGCUGGGAGAGCAUGCGAAAAUAUCCUUCUCAUGUCAAAGGUUGAAAAUCAGGAAGGAGUGGCAAAUUUUGAUGAAAUUCUUUCCAACUCUGAUGCCUUUAUGGUGGCACGGGGUGACCUGGGAAUGGAGAUUCCAAUUGAAAAGAUAUUUUUGGCGCAGAAAGUGAUGGUUUACAAGUGCAACAUCCAAGGCAAGCCAGUUGUUACAGCAACACAGAUGUUGGAGUCCAUGAUCAAAUCUCCAAGGCCAACUCGAGCAGAAGCUACAGAUGUUGCAAAUGCUGUUCUCGAUGGUACUGAUUGUGUAAUGCUUAGUGGCGAAACAGCUGCUGGAGCCUAUCCCGAACUCGCUGUUCGAACCAUGGCCAAAAUUUGUGUGGAAGCAGAAAGUACAAUUGAUUAUGGAGAUGUCUUUAAAAGAAUCAUGACCAAUGCACCAGUGCCAAUGAGCCCACUGGAGAGUCUGGCCUCUUCUGCUGUUCGAACCGCAAACUCCGCAAAAGCAGCACUUAUAUUGGUCUUAACCAGAGGAGGAAGUACUGCAAAACUGGUGGCUAAGUACAGGCCAGGCAUGCCAAUACUAUCUGUGGUUGUCCCUGAGAUCGAAACUGAUUCGUUUGAUUGGUCAUGUAGUGAUGAAUCUCCAGCACGACAUAGCCUUAUUUUUAGGGGGUUGGUACCAGUUUUGUGUGCAGGAUCUGCAAGGGCUUCUGGUGAGGAGUCAACAGAAGAAGCACUGGAGUUUGCUUUACAACAUGCAAAAGCAAAGAGCCUCUGCGAGAAAGGAGACUCUGUCGUGGCCCUACACCGUGUUGGAACAGCAUCCGUAAUCAAGAUUGUGACCGUGAAGUGA